CUAGAGUUAUGUCCCUCGUCUCCGGCAGCCUUCGUAACCUUCCGCCAGAAGUGCUUCCGGUUUGUUGCUACGCUACAUUGUUUAGUAAUGGCCGCUCGUCCACCGAAAUGGAUUGCGUGACUGGACUAAGCGCCCCGUGAAUAUUUGAUGCUUGCUUCCCGAAGACUGGUCUCUUAUUGAUGAGAAGGUCUUUCCGAGAGAAUCCGAUCUAAAUCAGUGUUUGGCCUGGCAACAUAUUGCCAUGGCGACCAACCAGCCCGACAUAAUGGACGUGGAGGCGGAGAGGAACCAGCAGGUGGCCAUGGAUGCCAACAGCCGGGCGGAGAGGCUGCGGGCCCGACUCUACUCCUACGCCCCCAAGAUGGCCCCGCCCCCGACCAAUGCCCUGCAGUUCCGCGGGGUCACCAAGGCCCAGGCUCGCAGGAUGCUGUCGCCGUUUGGGCCCACUGUGGAACCGCUGCCCUCCCUCCAGAGAUACCAACUUGUGAACAAACCCGAGUACAUCCAGAAGAAAAAUCUGGAAGCCCUGGAGCUGAAGCGACGAGCCAAAGACGCCACCGAUCUGGACGACCCCAAGCGUCUGAAGCGAGCGGGGUCGGUGGAACCCCUAGAGGUCAUCCCCCCCGCCCCUGACCUUCCUCAGGAGCUGAAGGAGAAACAGGAAACGAUGGUGCCGCGCCCCGUGACCCCGAGAGACCGAGGCAAGUCACCCGUUGGGAAAUCUCACACCUCCGGACCGGCCGUGCCCACACAGGCUAAGAUGAAGUUCCCCAAGUCGUAUGAAGGACUCCGCGACAUGAACCAGAUCAUCGGCGUGAUCCGCGACCAGCCCAAGGUCGGCUUCCUGUACAUGAGCCCCGCCGUGCCAAAGUCCUCUGUCAACUACCACUACUACAACCUCAAUUUCAUCCGCCUGGCAGACUACCUGAUUGUGAACACGAUGCACGUGCUGGCCGUCAACUCUGUGUCCACUCUCCUCAACUACCUGAGCGAACAGCUGCAGAACACCGCCACCCUCGCUGAGAUACAGAGCUACAACGACUACAAGGAGGAGGAGGAGAAGGAGAAGGAGGGGAAGGAGGAGGAGAAGAAAGAGGACAAGGAGGAAGAAGAAGACAGCAAGCUUCCCCCUCUGUUCAUCACCGAGUUUGUCCUUGAGCCCAACCAGCUGCUCUUCUCCCCCGACCUUGACGACUUCCAGGACGGCCUUGCGGAGGUCAUUAAGCGCUUCCAGGACGCGGUUCUGUCCGUGCAGAACUUGGUGCCAGACGCCUACUUCGACGCUUUCACCAGGCCCAUCAUCAACAACAAGUUUGAGGACAAGACGUGCGGUGAGGGACCCAGUCUGGGAACCAUGUUUGAGGACGACAAACAUCUACAGACCAUCAUUCACAACAUCCGG